AUGGAUCCCUCCCCCUCCCGAAACUCGUCGCUGGUCUCGCCGGGCGCCAUCUUCAUCGCGACGCUCUUCCGCGAGCCGCCUGCCCUCCGCGCCGCCGCCUUCGCCUCCGUGCUCGCCAUCUACGCCGUGACGGUGACGGGCAACCCGCUGUUGGCCUACGCCAUCCACCGCGACGCCCGCCUCCACAAGCCCAUGUACGUCCUCAUGGGCUGCCUCGCAGUCGCCGACGUCGCCGAGAGCACCGCCGUGCUACCGCGCAUCAUGCGCGACCUCGCCUGGGGCGGCUCCAUCGCCAUGGGCGAGUGCCUCGCCCAGAUGUGCUUCAUCCACGUGUCCCUGCGCGUCCAGGGCUACCUGCUCGCCGCAAUGGCCAUCGACCGCUGCCUGGCCGUCUGCCGGCCUCUCGCCUACCGCCGCCUCGUCACCAACGCUCGGGCGCUCGGCGUGGCGGCGGCCCUGGCGGCCGUGUCGGCGCUGCUGGUCGCCGGCAACCUGGCGCUGAUCCUGCGGCUGCCCUACCGUGACCCCCUAGUGCUCCUCUACCCGAGCUGCGACUUCCUGGCGCUGAGCAACCUGUCGCAUGGCGACACCUCUGCCAACUCGCUGUACGGCCUCGUCACCGCCGUGUUCACUGUGUUCGCGCCGCUGUGCGCCGUGGCGCUCGCAUACGUCCUCAUCCUGCUCGAGUGCCGGAGGCCGGCACUGCGGGGCGGGCGAGCCAAGGCGCUGCGCACGUGCGUCACCCACCUCGCCGUGCUGGUCGUCUUCUUCGCGUCGCUGCUCUUCACGGUGGCGAGCGGCCUGCGGCUGUUCGCCGAGAUGCCGCGCGAGCUGCGAUCGCCGCUGCUGUCGCUCUACCAGAUCGUGCCGCCCGCCAUCAACCCGGUGAUCUACGGCCUGCGCACGGCCGAGAUCAGGGCGAGCCUGGCAAGAAUCUUUCGCCGAAGGGUUGAGAUGGUGCGCCCGGUCGACCGAGUGAUGGUCGUGGGCAAGGAGUGA